AUGUACUCUUACAAAAAUGGAUUGGUGACAUCUGUCGAUCUCAAAGUUUUCGUUUCUGACGACUGGUACAAGGCUGGCUCAACGAAUUUCGUCCGCAAUUUUUACUAUCAGACUUUUGCUGAUAUAAAUAUCGCGUGCUUGCAAGUUCCCGAUCCAUGCGACGGAGUUGAAAACUGCUUUAACAUCGUUAAUGGCUGCGCCAUUGCACCUAGUCGAAAUAAUCUUCUCGCAACCGUCCCGGCUGCUCUGGCCUACAAAGCGUCAGCUGAGGUCUUCUGCGACCAUAGCGCCCCAAUCAACUGGGCUUGGACGGCUAUCCUUCGACUUGGUACAGGCCAAGAUUACGGAGCAGCUGGUGAUCGAACGUUCGUACUUUUCCGAUCAAGCGGUAGCAAUAAAGUGCACUUUGCAACAAAUAAUCCAGAAGGAUAUGAUCAUCACGAAUUUACGGAAAUUACGUGCACUGACGGUCAAUGGAGCACCUAUACUAUAGAAGUUACCAAUCGUGGAAGCGGACAACUUUCCUACGUCGCAAGUGUCGACGGCGCCACCAUAAUGUCGGGAAAUUACGCUUCGAGCAGAGCGAAAACCACCGGCACUCUCUCAGCAUACGUUGCCGACAAUCACUACGACCCUGCUCCCGCCUACAAAGUCCGAAACUUCUUUUACCAAAUUUUUUAA